AUGGCCAUCUUUGCGACUUUUGUGGCCACCUCGCCGUUGAUUCUGCUCUUUGUUCUUCCCCUCAUCGCCUCUGGCGUCGGAUGGAUAUUGCGAGUCAAGACAGAUGGCACGCGAAAGCACCUGGUCAGCUUGAUGGAUGAAGAACACAAGAAAUACCUGCAACAGCGCCCAGAGUCAGGCAGCACAACGAAUGAUUCCCUGGAUGCAAACGGCAACCUCAAGGACUCCAAAGACUGGGACGGAGUAGUUGGCUUCUUCCACCCCUUCUGCAAUGCUGGAGGUGGCGGAGAGCGAGUUCUGUGGGCUGCCAUUCGUGCGACGCAAGAUCGAUGGCCGAGAGCCAAGUGUUUUGUGUAUACCGGAGAUCGCACCCUAACCAAAGGUGCGGUUCUAAACCGGAUCAAGACUCGAUUCAAUAUCCAGCUCCACGCUCCGACUGUCCAAUUCCUCGACCUCUCCAAGACACGCUGGGUUCUUGCGUCAAGGUGGCCAGUCUUUACGCUCCUGGGCCAGUCUCUGGGUUCGAUAGUACUCGCCUGGGAUGCCUUCUCCCUGCUGGUGCCCGAUGUUUUUAUUGAUACCAUGGGUUACGCAUUUGCACUCAGCCUCUCGAAGCUCCUAUUCCGGAGCGUGCCCACCGGCGCCUAUGUACACUAUCCGACAAUCUCUACCGACAUGCUGGAAUCUCUGGAUCCUACAUCUGCUGUGGGCUCCCAGGGAGUCAAUGCUGGCCGGGGCACCGGGGCCAAGGGGGCGGUGAAGAAGGCAUAUUGGCAUUUGUUUGCUCUUCUCUACUCUAUUGUUGGAUCAUCCAUCGACGUUGUCAUGACGAAUUCCACAUGGACCCAGGGUCAUGUAAAGAGCUUGUGGGGUCCAUACCGUCGAGGCAAGGACCGAGAAAACCCAAUUGCUGUCGUGUAUCCCCCGGUGGCCGUCAGCGAGUUCGAGAAGGAGGUCGACGUUUCCGCGGGGAGCGAAAAGAAACGAGAGCCGAUUCUCAUCUACAUUGCGCAGUUUCGCCCUGAAAAGAACCACCCGCUUGUUCUCCAGUCUUUUGCUGAUUUUGUGAAGACCAAGACGGAAGCUGCAGAAAAAGCACGCCUGGUCCUGAUUGGAAGCGUCCGAGAUGACUCGGACUCCAAGAGGGUCUAUAAGCUGCGGCUAAUGGCGAAUGAGCUCGGUAUCAAGGACCGUGUCCUGUUUCAUAUCAAUGCUUCUUGGGCAGAGAUUCUUGACUGGUCGAGGAAGGCUUCCGUGGGCGUCAAUGGAAUGUGGAACGAGCACUUUGGAAUCGGCGUCGUGGAAUACCAGGCCGCCGGGUUGAUUUCCGUGGUCCACGAUAGCGGUGGCCCCAAGCUGGACAUUGUCACCGAAGUUGAUGGUCAGCCAACGGGCUUCCACGGAUCAACUGCAGCCGAGUUUGCAGCAGGAUACGAAGCAGCCCUUUCGCUUCCCGAUCCCCUGGCGAUGCGCCUACGCGCGAGGAAAUCGGCAAAGAGAUUCUCCGAGGAGGUAUUUGAAGGCAAGUGGCUGGUGCAGAUGGACCGGCUGGUGGCACUUUGCAGAAGAAGGUGA